UCGCCCCUUCAUUUUUUCGAUUUCAUCUUUUCUCAUCAAAACCCUUUGUCCAAAUUCCAAUUUUUACUCCUUCACUUCUCCAAUUUCACUUCCCCUGUUUGCUUUUUAGCUCGAUCGAUUGAAUCUCAUCUGGGUUUGUGCCAAUUUUAGUCCUUCGCUUCAAAUUUUCGAUUUUUAGGGUUUGCUUUCGAAACCCUUUUCCCCAAAUUUGUAGCUGUUAAUCGUAGUGGGUCGUUUUGAUUGUAUAAUUUCCCAUUUGAUCGGUUUUCUGGAUCUGAAGUUGAUUACGGGAAGUAAGCUCUAAUGUACUCUUCAAUUUGUUGAACAUUAAUCAAUCGUUUUGUUGAUUGCUAUCGGAUUCAGGAUUAGGGUUUUGUUUAGGGUUUGCGAUUCGUUUUCAAUUUUUGAAACUCUAGUUUUUAUUUAAUUCGUAAUCGAAUUUAAUGUCUGAGGGUUACGCAAUUGAGCUUUACUUUGAUCCUGCUCUUGAAAACCAAGUCCUGAAAGCUUGGAAUGUGGUGGCUCGUCGCCAAAUUAGCACCCAUCUUAUCGAAAUCGAAUCUCGACCUCAUAUAACUCUGUUUUCGAGCCCGUUUAUCGAUCCAUCGAAGCUUGAAAACAUCGUAAAAGGGUUUGCUUCAAAGCAAGAUCCUUUGCCGUUAUCUUUCGGUUCGAUUGGAAGCUUACCAAAUGAUAAUAAUGUAUUGUUUCUUGCUCCAACUCCUACUUUGCCCCUUCUUCAAUUUCAUUUUCAACUUUGUGAUGCAAUGAAGAGGGAAGGGAUUGAAAUCGGGGAAGAAUAUCGCCCGGAUUCGUGGAUUCCAUACUGCCCGGUUGCCGAAGAGGUGCCAAAGAAUCGAAUGGCGGAAGCGUUUACUGUUUUAAGGGACUUGAAGUUGCCGGUUACGGGCUAUGCGAUGGAUAUUGGCUUGGUUGAAUACUCGCCGGUUCGUGAACUCUUCUCGUUCGUGCUCGGUGGCUCGGUCGAAUCUUGAGGUUUGAGUCUUUAAGAUUAUAUGUUUCGUUCAUGUUUGUGUUCAUUAAUAUUACUCGUUUCGCGUUUGAUGUUGUCGUCUUUUCUGUUGUAAAAAACUUAUUGUAGAAUAGCAUUGGUUAUUUGUUCUCGUAUAAUAUGAUGACUUUCUAUAAGGUUUUACAUUCGAGUUGAUGUGUUUGCAC